UUGCAGAAGGCGAAGGUUUGUAUUUUUGGGGUGGGAAUUUGGAAAAAAUUGGAACAUUUUGAGCUAAAAAUCAGGAAAAAUGGUGGAAAUUUACUUGAAAUUUGAACGCGGGGACUAGAACUACAAUUUUUGGAUUUCUAGGCCACCAGAAUCCUUGAAAUUUUCUCGGGUUGGCCUUUUUCAUCAAGAGAAAAUUCAAAACAUUACUCAGGUUAACCUUUUUCUAGUUUUAGAGCACUGAGGUUAACCUUUAUUUUUCAAAAAAAUAUUGAAAGCAUUGCUCAGGUUAACAUUUAUUUUUCAAAAAAAACAUUCAAAGAAUUGCUCAGGUCACUCUUUUUCUUCUUCAAGGAAAUUUAAAAGCGUUGCUCAGGUUAACAUUUUCCGUUUAGUUUCAUGAGGAUUGCUCAGAUUAGCUUUUUCUUCAAACAAUCUAUAGCAUUGCUCAGGUUAAAGACACACAAUUCACUAGAAAUGAACAGAAAAUGAGUUUGUUAUUCUUUCAUAACACCUUUCAAGUAAUCGAAACUCAUAAAAAUCAAGAAAACAUUUUGAGUCUGGCAAAAGUGAACAUUUAUUUUUCAAAAAAAUAUUCAAAGCAUUGCCUUUUCUAUUUUUAGAGCAUUGCUCAGGUUAACUUUUAUUUAUCAAAUUAAAUUAAUCGAUAAAUCAAACCUUAAAUUAGAUCUCAAGACAAAAUUCAACUCAAAAUUCACUAAAAACCCAACCAGAAAAUAAAAUUACUGAAAAAUGACUGGAUUUUCAAGAAGAAUCUGAAAAUCAUCGACCUGAAUCAAAAUAUUUUUCUUCCAGAUGCCUUUCAUCGAAAUCUCGCGCAGCGAAUACGGCAAACGCGUCUUCACAUUCGAAUUUUCCGAUUCCACCAAAAUCCUCCUAUGCUCUCUCUCGAUGUGUGCAAAUGGAUUGAAUUUGACGCAAGCCAAUCACAUCAUUUUCCUUGAUCCGACACAUUUAUCAUCAGUUGUUGCGCAGGUGAGCAUUUCAAGCUUUUUCCCCGUUAAAAAUGGACUAGAAUGAUGGUUUUCUAGACCGCGGACUAGUUUUGUUGCCCCCAAAAUUUUUUUGGUUUUCUAGGCCAUCGGUCGAAUUUCACGAUAUGGACAGUGUCGAGAGAUGAAAGUGUAUCAUAUGAUUGUCGAAUCGAGUAUUGAUGAAGAAUUGCGUCGAAUUGCCACGUCAGAAGGCCAAGAAGCCGGAUUAUUGCAGCAAAAAGAACGUGAGUUGGUUUUCUAGGCCGUGGACUAGAAAAUUCUAGGCCAAUUCCCCAGAGUUUUGCAGUUUUUCACGAAAAAAUCUCGUUUUUUACAGGUUCCGGCUGGACAAUUGGAGAAAUUCGACAAAUUUUUGGAAUUGCACAUUGA